UGGUACAGAACCUCCAGGGUGCAGUUGCUGCCAUUCUAGAACUGUAGCUCAGAUGUGUCGUGAAGAUUCUCGGAUCCAUUUAUCUGCAGACGAGGCAGUAAAUGCCGAAGAGAGUCUUUCAAUAUAUUGUAAGCCUAUUGAAUUCUAUAAUAUUCUACAGCGUCGAGCUUUAGGGCAUCCGUCCUUUCUUCAAAGAUGUUUGUUCUACAAGAUACAGGCAAAGCACAGAAAGAGGAUACUGAUGACCGUAUCGAUCACUGGAGUGCAAAUGCGGAACCUGUUACCUCUAUAUCUUUUGUUGGUUAGACCUAUUUCUGACGACGUAGUAUCCGGGCAUUCUGCAGUUUAUCACAUCAAUCGGGCAUGUAUUCUAACUACGUCCGGCGAAUUUGAUGGAAGGGACCUAACAGAAGCUAACUUUGAGCUCCCUGAAAUUAACAAGCUUUCAUCUGAUCCCAGAGCUGGGAAACUUACCCUCAUACUCGUCUCCUAUGGGGGUGAAAGAAGUUCUGUAUGUGGUGGUCAUUUACACGACAGUUCGGAUAUAGCUUCUUUUUCAUCAAGUGUUGGAGGAUACUGCCUAUGGGGAAAGAUAUCAAUAGAGUCACUCUAUAUGUCAUGGGCGAAGUGUGGAAACUCUAGUGCAGGGCAUAAUGCUGAGAUGCUGUCAUCUGUUGCCAUGCACUCUUGCUUCUUGGAGCCUGGCUGUUUGGAAGAAGGCAAUUCUAUAUCUUUCAAGAUUCCGCAUAACUUCGGAACUAUGGACUCGUUCCAAAAAGUACAAGUUAAUAUUUCUGCACAAGAGAUUGGGGCAGCAGAAAGCUCUCCUUAUAAUUCGUACACAUAUAUACCCACUUUAUCACUAUCUCAUAUCAUGCGGUUGAGAGCUGGAAAUGUCAUUUUCAACUACAGCUAUUAUAACAACACACUACAAAAGACUGAAGUAACCGAAGACUUCUCAUGCCCCUUUUGCUUGAUGAAGUGUGCAAGCUUUAAGGGUCUUAGGUGUCACUUGUACUCAUCUCAUGACCUAUUCAACUUUGAAUUUUGGGUGACUAAAGAAUAUCAAGCAGUGAAUGUCUAUGUGAAAACUGAUAUUUGGAGAUCUGAGUUUGUUGCAGAUAGAGUUGACCCAAAGCGGGAAACAUUCUUCUUCUGGGUUCAACCCAAUUGUAUGCACAGCUCAAGGUCACAGAAGCGUAGAAGAUUAACAAAACUUGUUCAAAAUGCGAUGUCGGACUCACCUGAAGUAGCUAGGGAUGGUCUUUGUGUGGGGCUCAUCGAAAAGGGUGCUUGUACAAGCUCUUACCCUUUGCCUGCUACGACAUCAAGAGUUGCUGAGCCUUCCAAUCAAUCUUCUCUUGAAAGAUCUGAGAAAGACAUUCUUUCCAAUAAAGAAGAAAAGGAGAUGACUCAUGGGGCAGUUCUCAGUGAGAAUAAUUUACGGAAUGAAAACCAUAAAGCGGAAUGCAAUGGUCCUGAGAGUCAUUGUGCUGCAGAUAGCACAGAACGUGUUGCUUCUAGCCCUAAUGUAACAGGCCUUUCAAUUGCUACAGUUCAGUCUUCUGUGGGCCCUGAAUGUGUUCAACCCGUAUCUGGAAACAACCAUGUAUCCUUUGCCUUUUUGCAGUUUGCAAAGACAAGAAAGUUGUCUGCUGAACGGUCUGACCCUAAAAGUCGGACACACUUGCAAAAGCGGCAGUUCUUCCACUCCCACCGAGCUCAGCCAAUGACAUUGGAUCAAGUAUUGUCAGAUCAGGAUAGUGAGGAUGAAGUUGAUGAUGACAUUGCAGAUCUUGAAGAUAGAAGGAUGCUUGAUGAUUUUGUGGAUGUGACCAAGGACGAGAAACGAAUCAUGCACCUUUGGAACUCAUUUGUAAGGAAACAAAGAAUCCUUGCAGAUGGUCAUAUUCCAUGGGCAUGUGAGGCAUUCUCAAGACUUCAUGGACAGGACCUUGUCCAAGCGCCUGCUCUUCUUUGGUGCUGGAGUCUGUUUAUGAUCAAGCUAUGGAAUCACAAUCUACUUGACGGGCGUACGAUGAACAAGUGUAACUUGAUUCUUGAGAGAUACCGAACUGAGGGCUCAGAUCUUAAGAAAUGCUAAGAUCUUGAGAGAUACCAAACUGAGGGCUUCAUUUUGCCCUCAAAAGAAAAACAGAGAUAGGUAACAAAGGAAAAUUUCUUGUCAAAUUCACUAAUUUCAUGGCCUGCCAUGUAAUGUAAUUUAUUCCUGUUUUUUCUUUCAAAGGUUUUUCCUGUUUUUAAUUGUUGGGCCAGAUCAGAGCCCUAUCAUUCUUCAAGAUAGUAUAGAAAGAAAAAGCAAUUUUUUUUUUACAAAAAAUGAGGGUCCUCCAUGAGGUUAUCAUUCUGUAAUAUCGGCCUUUACCCUCUUGUAUAAUUUUAUUGAGAUAAAGUUACUUCUGUGCCAAUUGACUUUCAAGAAUAUUGAGUUUCUGAAGU